AUGUUUCCAAAGCAACGGUUUGCAGAGGGGCGAGCAGCGCUGAGCCCCGCAGGAGGCGAGGGGGGGGCGGAUGAGCCGAAUAUCGCCAGCCAUCUGGCUGCUGGGGGACGGCGUAAUGUUCCCGGGGCCGGGGUGGGGGAGGCCAUUUGUCCCCUGUGGUGGCCGCAGUCCCCACCACGGCUACAGAGCGGGGCUGGUUGUGGUCUCUGUGUUGGUCCUGCCUUCCCGUCCCUCUUCGUUUUCACCUCUUUGUCACCAUUUCAGGGCACCCGGCCCCAUCCUGCCCUACUUUGCUGGAUCUGCUGGACCCCUGGGGCUGUGGUCCCCAGGGUUGCUCUGGGAGCAGUGUCCCCGUCAGGGUACAGGAUGCGUACCCUGGCCUGGCUGGGCAUCGCCAGCCUGUGUCUGGGGGCAGCUUGGGCUGUCCCAGCCAAGGAGGAGAGGAGGAAGGCAGAGAAGCUGAAAGCUGACCUUGCACUCUACGAAAACCUGGACCUGGACAACUAUGACCUGACUUUGGACAACUAUGGCGAGAUCCUGGACCUGAGCAACUAUGAGGAGCUCUACGACUACGGUGACCUUGCUCCGAAGAUCGAGGUUGGCACCCUGGCUCCUCGCCCCAAGGAUCCCACAGCUCUCCCAAACCAAGGUGCCACGGCUGAACCCCCAAAGCUGCAGCCUCCGACCACCUCCAGCCCCAUCAACCCAGCACCCGUCCCCGCGCAGGCCCUGCCCAGCUGCCUGCUCUGCCUGUGCAUCGGCACCUCCGUCUACUGCGACGAUGCCAACCUGGAGCACAUCCCGCUGCUGCCACCAGAGACCACCUACCUCUACGCCCGCUUCAACCGCAUCGGCACCAUCCGGGCCAGCGACUUCAUGGGGCUGAAGAAGCUGAAGCGAAUAGACCUGACCAGCAAUUUCAUCUCCUGGGCGGACGUGGACGCCUUCCGCCUGCUGCCCAGCCUGCAGGAGCUCAUCCUGCCCGAGAACAGGCUGACAGCUCUGCCCGAGCUGCCCCGCAGCAUCAUCCGCCUGGAUGCCCGUCUCAACAGGAUCCCCAGCACUGGCCUCCAGCCUGACGCUUUUCGGGAGCUGAAGCAGCUGCAGUUUCUCCAUCUGUCCGAUAACCAGUUGGACUAUAUCCCAGCACCUCUGCCCCAGAGCCUGCGCUCCCUGCACCUCCAGAACAACAACAUCCAGACCAUGCACGAAGACACCUUCUGCGACAGCCACGACCACAGCCAGAUCCGCAGGGCACUGGAGGACAUCCGCCUGGACGGCAACCCCAUCAACCUCAGCCUCUUCCCCAACGCCUAUUUCUGCCUGCCCCGCCUGCCCACGGGCCGAUUCUACUGAGCCCCACGGCCCCAAGGCCAAGAACUGAGGGCAAGUGUCCCCAGAUCCCCACCUCGGACCCUGCUGCCCCACGGAGAACGUGGGGUUAGGGCAGGUGCAUUGCACCUUGGUGUGAGCUGAGGCUCUGUGUAGGGGUGAGCUCAGUUCUGGGGCAAACGGAGCAGGAGGUGGGCAGCUUUAAUAAA